AUGCCCACGCCACCUCCCAGUCCCACUCCCACCAUGAAUGCCGCCGAGAAGGAAAAACGAGGGUGUCUCUUGGCCCAAAUCGAAGAAACCGAGAGUAUCAUCCAAGACCUCACCCGCGGAAAGAGUCUGGAAGAAAUCGCCAAAGAUCGUGGCAUCCCGUCGUGGAAACUCGGCCUGCGAAUCGCCCACUACGGUCUCGACUGCAUGGCCGUCGCCGUCGAGUGUCUCUUGCCUCGGAGCCGCACCACCACCACAACCACCACUACUCAGCACAGUCAGCAAUACAUGUCGUCGUCGUCAUCGUCUCAAGGAGGACCGGAACGGUACAUUGUCCAAGAAGCUCUCGUCGUUGUCAUGUACGGCAAAUCUCCCCGUGGCGCACUGAAAAUGGUCUAUGACGAGUUGGAAGAAUCGGGAAUUGUUUUCGAUUGA